AUGGCCACCCAUACGACCCGCCAAACCGCUUCAACGCUGCUCACCACCUCGCGCUGUCUCCGGCGCCAAACACCCGCCGCUGCCCGCCUCCUGGCCGUGCCCUCGGCCCGACGAUGCAUGCACCAAGAGCAGCAACCUCCUGCGGAAGCAGCACCAUCAGCCGGUAUUUCGUACAGGCCAAUGAUAAACAGGAAUAGGGCGCCCUUCUCGCUAAGGGGCUCGAAGCCAUUUGCUAUCAAUGAGGACCCGGAGAAGCUGGAUACGAUGUACCAGUCGCUGCUGGGUGGGAACCCAGGGCUCAGUGAAGAGAUCAAGUUGCAGGCGGUCACACACAAGAGUUUUGAUCACGGGUGGCAGCCGUAUAAUGAGAAACUUGCCUUCUUUGGUAAACUAGUUCUACAGAUGCACACCUCUCUACAUCACCUUGCAACCCGACCCGAGUCACUAGGCCCCCGUAAGCCCCACACUGCGCCCACCGAAAAUGAUGCCAACGGCCCGGUACUGAAGCCGUUCCACCACCCUGACUACCACUACCUCACCUUUGUCAACCGCCAAAACGUCUUGGAUACUCUCAGCGCUGGAAAAUUAGGGCAUCUUGUGCGCGUUGUGGGCCUACCGGAGGUCAUGAGGUGGAAGCCAGCAGACACCAACGACCUUGUGAGGUCUGGACAGACCGAUGUUGCGGUGGAGUGCUUGUACGCGAUCAUUGGCGCGGUGGCACUACGGAGGGGUGGAGACGUCGCGGGAAGGCUGGUAAGGGAGAGGAUACUGAGUGUAUUGGGGUCCCCUCUAAGGUCAACCGAAUAA